CUUGUCCUAAUCUUUGCCGCAGAGGCAACGUUCACUAGAAGAUGUAACGUCAAAGACUCCAUGACAGUUCACCCCGAAAGACCUCGKGCGGCUCCCCCCGGAUACCAUUUCAUAUCUUCAUUUACAUCACGAUUGAUGUCGAGGUUUAAAGUCAACCGAGAUGUCAACGCCUUUGCUGCGCUGUUUGACCGYAAAAUGAAAUGUCAGGAGCAGAUUCUUAUUCCUGUUGCUUGGCAUGUUCUACUGUCGUCUGAUGGAACAGGCAAUGUGACUAGGGCAGCCGUCGAUAAACAAAUGCAAGUUUUAAAUGAUGCAUAUCAAAAUGCAGGAUUUUAUUUCAAGUUGACUUCUCUCCAUUACACUAUCAACAAGCUCUGGACCGAAAACUGCGAGUCAAAAUCGUCCAAUUACAUGCAAGCAUUAGCUGUCACGCCAUCCACGACACUUAAUUUCUACACUUGUCUUUUUGCUAGUGGUUUUACCAGUUUAGGGUCAGGGACAAUGCCGUGGUGGUUUAACGAGGAUAGUCGAUACCAUGGGGUUUUAGUACAUACAGAGACCUUGCCGGGUGGUACACUGGCGCCAAUCAAUGAAGGCAAAAAUGCUGUUCAUGAGGUCGGGCAUUACUUUGGACUUUUUCACGUCUUUGAAGGCGAAUGRACAGGAAAGAUGGAUGAUAGAGUGAAGGAUACUCCUAAAUGCAAACCAUCGUACGGUUGUCCAGUUGAAGAUCUGYACACAUGUCCACAAKAGCCUGGAAAAGACCCUAUUCGUAACUAUAUGGGCUACGCGGAUGAUGCGUGUAUGAAUGAAUUCACUCCAGGACAAAUUGAACGAAUGAAAUGGGCAGUWAACAAGUACCGUCCAACACUUAUGAAAACAGUCAGGUUCCCCUGCUCAGUGGACGCGGUUUUUCGGUGGUCGAAUGGCUACAUCUAUAUCUUCUCUGGCUARAACUAUUACCGAUAUGACGAGUUUCAAAUGGGAAUAGACCCAGACUACCCUCGGCCAAUCGCGGCCCAUUGGCAUGGAAUACCYGAUAACAUCGAUGGAGUGUUCAGAUACGCCAAUGGUGUCACUUAUUUCUUUAAGGGCAAGUACUACUAUCGCUACAAUGACGCGAAUAAUAGGGUAGAUCCAGYCUUCCCGCGUCUUAUCAGUGACUUUUGGCGAGGAAUUCCACCUGAUAUUGAUGACGUCAUUAGUUCCUCCAACUCCUACACAUACUUUUUCAAAGGGUCUCAAUARUAUCGUUUUAAUCCAAGAACAAGCCGCGUUGARGAUGGAUAUCCUAGGAGUAUCUAUGACUACUGGACCGGUGCACCAAGAGACAUCGAGGCAGCUAUCCCAUGGUACAACGGUGACGUUUAUUURUUUAAGGACGCGCAGUAUUGGCUAUUUGUUCACGACGACAACAAAGUMGGGGUGRUGAAAGGGUAUCCCAAAUCAAUACACGAUUGGUGGAAUGGAACUAUUCAGCUUUCUGGUUACAGUGUCAUCCGAUACUUCGAUGGCUACACAUACUUCAUCCGAGGCAAGGAGUAUUGGCGCUACAAUGAUAAUCUAUACCAUACAGACUUCCAAUAUCCAAAAUUACUCGCGCAGUCAUGGAUAGGCCUACCACAAGGCUUUAAGACAGGUUUCACAUGGAAGGACGAGCUGUACGUCUUUAAAGACAAACAUUAUUGUAGAUAUAAUACAUCCGGCACGGCUGAUGUUGGGAACCCUGUGCGAAUUGACGAAUAUUGGAAGGGAAUUCCUGAUGACAUAGACGCUGUAUUCAGAUACGUAAAUGGUCUGACGUACUUCUUCAAGGGCACGCGAUACUACAGGUUUAACGACACCACGUCGCAAGUGGAUCCUGGGUACCCAAGAUUCAUUGCAAGCUUUUGGAGGGGCGUUCCAAGCCACAUCGACUCAGUGUUCGUAUGGAGCAAUGGUCACACCUAUUUCUUUAAAGGAAACCUGUAUUACCGGUUUAACUGUACUACAAGUCAGGUCGAUCCUGGAUAUCCUAAGUCAGUGUUUCAUUGGCGGGGAGUUUUCUAUCAGCUCUGAAUUCUCUCCGCUUUUUUACUGAGCUUUGCAUUUGUGUCCAUUUAGACUAAAACCGUCCAGAAAUGCUUGUCUCGGUAAAAAUCUGAUAGCAAAUUAAACGUUAGUAACUUGUCUUAUA